UCUCAUCUGCGGUCCCUGAGAGCUUUUAAAACGAUGCCCUUGACCCAAUUCCAAUCAGGAACGGUCUGAUUUCUGACGAGCAUUGAUGGAUUGUGCACUUGCCACUGCAAAUGCAGCGACACCGGCCUGGAAAUCAAAUGCAUUGCUCACCGGAUGCUCUCGGUUUCAUUUGUUUGACUGGUUGUAAAUGUGUCAGGAGGCACCUAUAACACUGUAAAUCUGCUCUCCUCGCGUCAUCUGUACAGUUCCUCGCGCGCUUCCUUGUUUCAGGCCAAUUGCGGGACGGGCUGCAGCCACAGAGGAGGGGGUGGUCUCCGGUAUCCGGUUCUUUCCGUAAUCCUGCGCCGGUGGAAUUUUAAAUCCGUUCCUCCAGCUGGAUCUGCUCACUGGAAAUUGUUUACUGGAACUGCUACACUGCAUUGUUCUUUAGAACGCUUAAUUGUUGCAUUGCAACGUGCGCAUAACGCGCGCUGUUGUUUUUAGAACGUUUAAUUGAUACAUUGUCGCACUCGCGUUGUUUGUAUUGAAACUUCUGACGAUAAUGUGUAUGUAGAACGUUGAGUGGUUACAUUGUGUCUCUCGCAGAAUGAGCGUUUCGGAACGUUCCACUGUUAUACUGUAACAGUGCAGAAGUGAGCAGAGCAGAUCAGCCCACCGGGAUCCGGUGUAAAUAUUCAACAAAUGAUAGAGGAGGAGUCGGUGCACGAUAAAAGGGAUGUGAACCGAGAGCAAAGAGCUUUGGACUCGGUUUAAAGCGCGCGCUCACUGUGAUCUCCUCAGUUUGCUGGAAGUCCUGCUGCUUUAUUAUGAAGAGUGAUCUCUCAUAACAGGAUUUGGGCAUUAUCGAUCGGAUUAUGAGUGAUCAUCCAUGCAAAGUGGCACGAGAUUGACUUAGUUUCAGAUCUUGGGGGGAUUUAUUUCUGUUCUUCUCUUCCACCCGUUCGGAAGCAUAUGAUAAAAGAGUUAUUCUGGAAACGCAUUGGCAUCCGUUCGGUAUAGGAUGCACCCAGAAAGCAAUGAGAACACUGCAGGAGCAGCCAGCGGGACACCCGGUUCGGAAGAAUCGACCACUGAACCGCAGGCUGGACAUACUGAACACCUUGCAGUGGAGCACAAAGAGCCGCAGGAGUACGAGGAACCGGAGCGUAAAUUCGCCCCGGAGGACAGCACGGUGCAGCUGAUACAAACCGGCUGCCCCGACAAGCGUCCGGCGACGCCGCCCGGCGCACACCCGGGACCGGGGUUUGUUCCCCCGGAGGGGGGCUUCGGCUGGGUCGUGGUGUUCGCUGCUACGUGGUGCAACGGCUCGAUUUUCGGCAUCCAGAACUCAUUCGGGAUUCUGCACAUGAUGCUGGUGAAAGACCAUCAGGAACUGACGGACCAGGCGUCUCAGUUUAAAGUGGCAUGGGUUGGUGCUCUGGCGAUGGGGAUGAUAUUCUUCUGCUCUCCGGUGGUCAGUAUGUUCACAGAUCACUUUGGAUGCCGGAAGACGGCCGUCUGCGGAGCGUUUGUGGCCUUCCUCGGUCUUCUCACCAGUUCCUUCGCAACCACGCUGGGUCUGCGAUACUUCACAUAUGGGAUACUGUUUGGCUGCGGAUCCUCAUUUGCAUUCCAGCCGUCGCUGGUGAUCCUGGGGCAUUAUUUUCGACAGAGACUGGGUUUGGCCAAUGGCGUGGUGACGGCAGGCAGCAGCCUCUUUUCUAUGGGGCUCCCCGUGCUGCUCAAGAAAGUGGUGGGACCCCUGGGCCUUCCCAGAACCUUCCAGGUCCUCAGCAUCUUCAUGCUGGUCCAGUCGCUGCUGGCCCUCACCUUCAAACCGCUCAUGCCUAGUGGGAUGUGCCCGAUGCCAGGCAUGGGAAUGGAUGGAGGACCCCCGUCCGGCCUAGAGUCGGCGAGCAGGUGGCAGAAGGGCCUGUCCAAAAUCAGGAAGUACUUUAACGUGCGAGUGUUCAGUGUGCUGACCUAUCGGGUUUGGGCAUUCGGCGUCGCCACAGCAGUGCUGGGAUACUUCGUUCCGUAUGUGCACCUGAUGAACUUUGUGAAGGAGCAGUUUGGAGACACUCAGAGGGAAUGGGUGCUGCUCGUGUGUAUUGGAGCGUCGUCUGGAGUUGGUCGACUGCUGUUUGGGAAGAUCGGAGAUCUCAUACCUGGAGUAAAGAAAAUCUACAUGCAGGUGGCCUCGUUCAUAUUACUGGGUCUGAUGUCCAUGAUGAUACCUCAGUGUGCCGUGUGAGGUCUGGUGGUGGUUUUCGUAUUGAUGGGUCUUUGUGACGGCUGUUUCAUCACUAUCAUGGCCCCCAUCGCCUUUGAGUUAGUAGGGCCCAUGCAGGCAUCUCAAGCUAUCGGCUACCUCCUCGGCCUCAUGGCCAUACCAAUGACAGCGGGACCCCCAAUCGCAGGACUUCUUCGCGACUAUUUUGGAAACUACCACGUGGCAUUUUAUCUGGCUGGUGUUCCUCCGAUAGUGGGGGGCAUUGUGAUGUUUUUUGUACCUCUGGUGCACCAGCGCAUGCAAAGACGACGAAAAGAGGCCAACGACCCCAGCAUGGACAAGAUGUUGAAGAACUGCUCUAAUGGAGACAUGCUACCCGGAUACACAGACAUGGAGACACAUAUAUGAAGCCCACAGCCACACAAAGGGAUUCACCAGCACUGCUUGUGGCGUGUGUACGUGAGUGUGUGUCAAGAUGGUGUGUGAUGUAUUUCCUCUUUGCUUGGCUCUAAUCAAACUCGAGGUCUCAAGGCUUUGCCCCCGGCUCUUUUGCUGUUCUGGAGAGGAGACGUGAUCAUCCAUCAAGAGCCCAAACCCUCCUCCAGUGGCCCGCGCUGCCGUUUCCACCGGCUCCCAAGCGACUGAACAACUUCCGCAUGCAGAUUUGGGUGAAAUCACCUCCUGCUCGCGUUUCUCACGAGAAUCUGAACUGAGAGCUCAGGUAGUGCGGGAGCCGUCAGUUAAAUUAGGACAUCAAACAUUUUAGCACCUUUAUUAAGGAAACUUUAAUUUGAUGUGAGAGAGUAGCAUUUCCAGCACAAAGAAAAAUGCUGUUUUCAUUGAGCUUGAUAGUUUAUUGUCUAGAUUAUGCAAAUCAGAUUUGUAAGCUUUAGAUGUUUUCAUAAUACGAUUUUUUUUAAAAAUCCUCCAUAGUCUUGCUUGGAAUUGAUUUCGGAAACUUUUAUGAGACAAAUCCGUCUUUCUUCGUGCACUUUCUGCUACCGACUUUGAUAACCUCAGCUGUGAUUUUCUUAUCAUAACGCACUGCAGCCGUGCAUCGCUUAUGAAUUAUGUAGAAAUGAAAACUAAACGAGGAAUCAUUUUUAUGAAUUAAAAAAAAAAAAAAAAAAGCUAAUCCUCUGUCAUUAAUAAUAUUCGCUAAAUUUAGUUCAGUAAUCAGCUAUGCAGUAAGGAGUUCACAAACUGUGCCAUGACCAUUGAAACAGAUGAAAAACUAAAGGAUCAAUAUUUAUAAAGGGGGUGAAUCUCGUGAAAAAUGCCAAAGGAAAAUAAAUAGAAAUUAUAUUUUGCAUGAAUAUAUAUGUUUUUGCUUUUUAGUUUUAUGACAAUAUGCACAUUUCCACCAAAUUUAUAUAAUGCGAAAACAAUCUUGUUCAUCAUCACAAUACAGUAAUUAAAGAAAUCAAAUCCAGACACAUAAAUCAGUAUAAAAUACCAUAAUGUAAAAAAAAAAUUAAAAAAAAUCAAAGCUGUAAAUUAAACUUUAUUGGAGAUUAUUGGAGACGUUUUUACAAGAAAAUAUUAUUUCAGUCUUAAUUUCACAAUUAAUUAAUUGUGUUACUCAUUGCAAAGAAUUAUUUGUGAAAUUUACUAGUGAUUUCUGAUUGAAAAUUGUUUUAAAGUAAAUCCUACAUCUUUUAUUUCAGUCCACCAUUUAUGCAAAAUAUAAUUUCUUAUUUUUGGCGUAAAAUGUGACCUAGAUAUUUCUUGACAAUUUUCCUGAGAUCCACUCAAGGACAAAAUCACUACAUCAUCUAUAUUUUGUCUUUUUUUCCACAUUUGACUCCCAUUUAUUGUAUUUUUUUAAGAAAAUUAUAUUUUGGUUAUGUGUGUUGUGUCUCGUUUGUUAUAUUAAAAACAAAUCUGGCAUUUUGAAUCGAGCUGAAUGCACUUACGAAGACAAUCAAAGCACGAUCUGAACUGAAUGAUCUGUGAUUCUGUUUAAGAAUGGAAAGAACUGAUUGCUGUAAGCAAAACAACAUAGUAGUGUUACACAAAGUGGGCCAUGUUUAUGAGUAUUAAUCAAUUACUAUGUGACAUCUGAAGCUGUGUUUAUUCUUUUUGAUAAUGUGUGUUUUUGUAUCGGUCGAUUAUAUUAACAUGUCUCACAUAUUUAGUGAGAGCAGCUUUUCCUGAGUCUCUUCCAAAAACUAGUGAGCUGAAACAAUUCAGCCAAGAGAAAUAUUGAUGAUACAUUAAAAAUAGCUCGGUUUGAUUAAAAAUAGACUAUUUUAACCUACAUUGGUGUGUACAUGCUUAUUAGAGUGACUUAGCAACAUGCUGACAUCUGACUAUUGAAAUCAAUUACUAUUAGCCUAUGUAGAGCGUUUGUGAGGUUAGGAUGCUAAUUAAUGCUGUAGACAUCAAGGCAGCUCACUAGUAUUUGGAAAAGUGCUUUAGUUUCUCUCUGCACUUUCAUCUGUCUAUUUGUCAACUUUUUCCCAGAAGCCCUUUAACCACCAGUUUCUGUCGUGUUGUCAUGGAGACAUGUCCGUAUGAACUAAUUAACGUUGUUUCUGGUACAUUUUCCUCAGAACUCAUUAGAUGCCCUGUUUAAAAAACAAAAGAUGGUCACGAUCUUAACCAAACUGCCUCAACCAACCCCGUCCUGCAGGUUUAACCAGGAGACGGCGCUUUUACACUAAAGCAACUAGACCACAAGACACCUCUUCAGAUUCUACUGUGUGAUGAAGUUAUGUGGUGACUAAAGAUGCUUGUUUCAGAAUAAUCGAUGUCUUUUUUGGAAAAAGACGAAAUCUUGCAUACCUCAGACGCCUGUUUUAUGGUUUCAUACUGAUAAAUAUUAGACCCUGGUGCAGUUAGUCGUAUCGAUUUGCCUCCUACAGUGGUUUGUGCAGAUUCAUGGACUGCCGUGCGAAUCUUUGAGCCUCAAAGCCAUGGUUCUUGUCGUUUAUGUCUCUCUACCUGAUCUGAUCUGAUCUGAUCUGAUCAUCACAUAUAGCAGGCCCUGCAAAUCAGUCCUCAUCCAAAUGAUCAUCCUUCCUUAGAGUUUUGGUCGUGCCAUUUCUGACUGAGAGUGAUGUGUUUUAUAUGCGUGAGGGACAAAGAAUGAGAGAGACGGACACAUUCAGACUUUUAGAAACUCAGGGAGUUUUCAUCACCCGUCUGCAUAUUAUUGCACGCUUGAUUCAUAAAUCUGUUAUAUAACACAUUUUAUUGAUAAAGGCAUUGGAGUCUGAUUAGGUGAAUUGGGUGAAUCUCAAGAGAAAACACACACACACACACACAUAUAUAUAUAUAUAUAUAUAUAUAUGCAUUGUGAUAUGUUCAACAACAUUAAAAUCUGCAUAAAGGCCGUACUACAAGUAAUAUGUACAACUAAUGACUUUUCACA